AGACGCUGGACGCACAGCUUUGCGUCCAUGGCAAUGCUUGUGGCACGAAGUCGACGCAUUGCCCUACCCGUGCUGGUGGUAGUGGCAGCAUGCACACAGCUCCUUAUAGCUGGCGUUGCAUUUAUUGGCCCUUCUCAGCCUCUGAGUCUGCUCUCAAACAAGGACAGUGGACGUCCUGUCAAUGUGGGCAUGAAAAUUGGAUAUACACAAGGUCCUUGCAAGAGGAAGAUGGGCAAAGCACCUGAGAAUCCGAAUAAGCUAUCGGUGAAGGAAAAACAAUCUCAGCGGUCGAAGGCCAGACAAUCGUCAGCAGACAAGGAUAAAAGCAAAGGACUCAUGCAAUGGCCAUUGGAGAUUCCAGAAGGUGUGACAAUCCUGCAUGUGGAGUAUGAUGUGGCGCCUAAAAAUGCCAACGACGCAGAUUUCGCCCGAAGGACAUGGAGCGCCUUUCCAAAACCCGGAAACAAGGAAAUUCAGGAUUUCUACAAGAAAACUCAAGAAAGCUUUGGACCGAAGGUUCGUGUGAUUGUGAACGAGCCAAGAGUGAUCAAGGAGCUCCUUCCUGAAGGUGUUCCUCUCAGAUAUCGCAAGGGAGCUUUUGAGGUAGUCAACUUGAAUACCGGUAAGCUCCUGUUUUCCAAGCUGCAGACGGGAUCAUCACUUGUGUACGAGGGAUACUGGGAUGCCUUCACCAAGCGCUUGCAAGAGCAAAUGCCGCAAGCUGCAUGAGGACACUCAUCCAACAGCGCCAAGACCUUCUCAGUGAGACAAAGUGGAUUUGCUCCACAUUUGAACAGUGGCAAUGAUCUUUACAAUAAUACAAGACGUACGAUAGAUGCACGUUGGAGAGCUAGAGCAUACACCUACCAAAUUCUACUGACAUGAUUGUGUUUUACCUCUUUCAAUUUUCGUGCGUGACCAUGACGGUGGUGUUCGCGUGGAAAA